AUGGGCAACAACCCACCCAGACGACGCAUCGCUGUAGCUGUCGGCACUGUUGUCGGCUCGUUCGAGACGCCAUCUGCACAUCCAGUGGGACCUCAAGGUCUGACUGGUCAUUACGGUGCCUACGGAACUGCGCCGUAUCACGCAAUGGGCACAAUGCAUGGACUACCAAACGCAUUUCCAGCGCAGGCAAAACUGGUCGGGCAGUACCCUAUGGUAGCGCAAAGAACAGUGUACCCGCCCACUUGGAGCUCGAACCCCUAUGGCGAGGAAUCCUCUGUCGAGUCCUAUAGUCUCCAGUCAUCAGGCUAUCUGCCAGGCCAGAGCACUAUGUCUGGCCUCUAUGGGAGCCAUGAUGGCAGCAACGAUGCGAGGAACUACGGCUUAGGAUCCAGACCAUCGAUGAACCCGUCUGGGAUCUAUCUUGACCAAGAGAGCGCAGCGGCUUACUCCUCAGCUCCUUCGGCAUAUUUCACCACGCCGGUCACUCGACAGCCUACUGUCACCACCGAAAGCACUUCUCCUUUCGGCAUGACCUCGCUGCAGUCUGCUCUCACAGGCAGACAGCUACCUAUGCCAACAGCCAACAGGAUGCAAGGCUCGUCAAUGACUGACGGCCUGACAGCCCGCAUGCUGCUGUCGACUCAAAGCACAGGUCUAAGCGACCCGAACGCUGCUGCUAACUACAACCGGGCCGCCAUGGCAUGGAACCAAGAGGGUGUGGCACCCAACGAACGUCAGGGAUCGAUAGACGUCAUGGCACAGUCUUCAGCUAAAGGAUCUUCUAUUUCGUCCUCAAUCCCCGAGGCCAGCGGUAUGGCAUAUAUCCCGAUCACCAGCAGCCCUGAGCACUCGCCAACGACUGGCCCGUCGCUAGGCUACAGCUCAACGGCCAGUUCCAUGCCUGCACCUUUGCUCAGCGGGAGAUCUUCCGGCCCUUCCAGCGCCAUGCUCACGGCGAGUUCAGGAAGCGACACUUCCAACAUGUACACUUAUUCAGCCAACAGCUCUUCAAGGCAUGAUUCUACCGGAGCAAGCUCACCAACCGACGAUACACUCGUCAGCGGUCAACGCUACGCCCCGAUCGCUCAGCCACAAUCACAGCAGCCUAUGAGUGUCGAGACACUUGGGAGUGAAUCCUUUGAGAACAGAUCCCUGACUGGUCAUCGGGCGUCGGUAUCCAGCUUGAGGGGCGCAGCGUACUGA